AUGGCAGUUCAUCGCGCAGUGCUUAAACAGAAGCAUAAGCCCUUUAAAAAUGGCAAGGGGAACGGGGUGAAGCCUAAGCGGCCGUCGGCUGCCGUUGGCAAGGACGUUUCGCUGCAUCGUCGGGAUAAAAAGAGCCGCAUCGUGGCGAAGACGAAGAAUCUUCGGUCAGCCAUCCAGGAUGAAGCUCCCAGAUUGGUGUUUGUCCUGCCUUUCCACGAAAGCGCGAACGCCCAUGAAUUCAUAUACUCCGCGGUAUGUCAGGUGUCUGUAGAGUCUGCCAGUUACGUUCGCUCUUCCCCUGACGGUUGGACCGUGUCACCCCCUGUUCUUCUCCCAGCAUCAAUGCUACGUGACGGUUUGCCACGCCGCGUUGUAUUGUUUUCGUGCCCUCGUUCGCUUUCGGCGAUCCUCUAUGCGGCAUCGGUGGCUGAUGUCCUGGUCUGCCUGUUUCGUGGAAGUACCAACGAUGAUCCAGCUUAUGAUGACUUCGGAUACAAGGCACUGAGCGUCAUUCGUCAGCAAGGCGUGCCACCGCCUGUUGGCGUCGACUUAGAGAUCGGUUUACCAGGCGACCGCUCUGGCAGCUGCACCCUGGUGAGGCGGUACUUCUUCGAUGAGCUGGGCAGUGACAAGAAGUUCGUAAGCAUCAAAAAUACAGGCGAUUUCGUUGCUGCGAUAACCGCGAUUGGAUGUGUGUCGCUCACCGGGUUGACUUGGCGUGCUGGUCGUAGUUACCUGAUGUCUCUGGAUCACAGUUACGAUGCGUCCACGCGGCAACUUUCGAUUGUUGGCUAUGCCCGCGGUCUAGGCUUUAGCGUCCGGCACCCUGUGCAUGUAACUGGCAUCGGAGACUUUCUGGUGCAGCGUGUAGAGCUCCUGUCGGACCCGUGCCCGGUGAAGCGCUCCAGUGCCAUGGAAUCGGAGACUGUGGUCGAGGAGUUGAGCGAUGAAAUCGCAAGGGAGCUAGCGCAGGAAGUUGAGUGCCUGUCUACUACUGUGGCUCGCCCGUCUGACAUGGCUGACGGGGACGACCUUCUCGAGGACUUUGAGAAGUGUGUUCGUGUUGGCGGGGUUUCGGAUGAAGACGUGGAUAUGCACGACGCAUCUGGUGAUGGUGAUGGCGGUGAGGACAGCGGCGGUGAGGACAGCGGCGGUGAAGACAUCGACACUUACUUCAGUAAUUUAGAGGACCUGAACCCCAGCCAGAAGCGGAUUGAAUUCGAAAAGCGCGCGUUGGAGGACCUGAGUUUCCCUGACGAAGUGGAUACCCCUGUAGACGUGCCAGCACGUGAGCGUUUUCGUAAAUAUCGCGCUCUUCGCAGCAUAAAGGAAGGUGCGUGGGACCCGUAUGAAUCGUUACCGUCGGAGUACCUCCAGAUUUGCGAAUUCGAGAACUUUCGCACAACCAUGGCGCACUCUAGGAAGACCGUUGAAGUGAACUGCAGUCGCACCAAAACGUCCGGGAGAUUCAUAAGAUUGACGCUUUGCAACGUGCCGGCCGACUGCCACGAGCGUAUGACCACCACCGCUGGCCUGUCGAGCGGCAAGACCGCGAAGCCACUCAUAUUAUCAGCGGUCUUCCCUUUUGAGAGAAAGGUCUCGGUGUUAAGCAUGAGCGUGACUCGCAGUUUCGAGGGCCCUGAUUCUAUCGCAUCGAAGCGCGACGUGCUGCUGUACUGCGGUUUCCGUCGUUUCCCAGCGCGCCCAAUCUACAGCGAGGACGUGGCUGCCGAGCACGGUCGUUUCGGGACCUUCUGCCGUUUCGUCCACAAGGGGCACACCGUCGUUGCGUCCAUUUAUGGCAUGGCGCUUUUACCCAACACCCCCGUGGUCAGUCUCGACGCGGCGGACCCGUCUGUGAUGCUGUAUGGCGGCGUGGUGAGCGGCGCGGAUCCCACCCGCAUAGUGCUGAAGCGCAUCGUGCUCACGGGCUACCCGUUCCGAGUGCACAAGCGCACGGCCGUGGUGCGUUACAUGUUCUUCGAGCCGCGCGACGUGAGGUACUUCAGGCCCGCCGGCCUCCACACCAAGCGCGGCUUGCGUGGCGUGAUAAAGGAGCCACUGGGUACCCACGGCUACAUGAAGUGCAUGUUCAACGACGUGAUACGGCAGGACGACAUCGUCUGCCUCGCACUUUUCAAACGCGUAUACCCGAAAUGGCACCCGCCAUCGUGGAGCGUCUGGAUAGACUAG